AUGGUUACCAUCAGAUCGAUCAAUUUUGAGUCCAGGAAAAGAGCUGAGACAAUAACAAAAACAGUUAGCUUCAAGAGAACUGACUUGAUGAAUAAUGAGACUGAUAACUCUGAUGAUCAUGAGCUAGAUAAGGUUAUCGUUGAAGAACCAAGAAGAUCAUUGAGAAGGAAAGUUGGAAGUCUAACAGUCAAAACAUCUGUUUCAUUCGAGACUAAAUUAGUCCCGGAUUGUGAGGAGAACAUUAAUGAAUCAGUUGUGGGAAAUUAUGCUGUUUGGCUUUCUCCAAGGCCUGCAAGUGAGCUAAAUGCUGCUGCAACCACACUGCAGAAAGUUUACAAGAGCUACCGAACAAGAAGAAACCUUGCAGAUUGUGCUGUUGUUGUUGAGGAGCUAUGGUGGAAGGCAUUAGAUUUUGCUGCCCUUAGAAGGAGCUCUGUGUCAUUCUUUGAAUCUGAUAAGUCAGAAACUGCACUUUCCAGGUGGGCAAGGGCAAGGACAAGGGCUGCCAAGGUUGGAAAAGGUUUAUCCAAGUAUGAAAAUGCCCAGAAAUUAGAUCUAAGACACUGGCUUGAAGCUAUUGAUCCACGCCAUCGUUAUGGGCACAAUCUACACUUCUACUAUAAUCUCUGGUUUGAAAGCGAGAGCUAUCAACCUUUCUUCUAUUGGUUGGACGUGGGAGAUGGAAAAGAAAUAAAUCAUGAUAAAUGUCCAAGGACUGAUCUACAACACCAGUGCAUUACAUACCUUGGACCAGUAGAGAGGGACGCAUAUGAGGUUAUUGUGGUGAGUGGGAAGCUUCUUUACAAAAAAAGUGAAGUCCUUGUAGAGACACCUGAGGGUACAAAGUGGAUCUUUGUACUCGGCACAUCGCGGAAAUUUUACGUCGCGGAGAAGAAGAAGGGCGUUUUCCAACACUCGAGCUUUCUAGCAGGAGGUGCCACCAUUGCAGCAGGAAGAUUGGUUGCCCGCAAUGGCAUUCUUGAGGCUGUAUGGCCAUAUAGUGGUCAUUACUGCCCAACAGAGGAGAAUUUCAUGGACUUCAUAAGCUUCUUAGAGGAGCAUAAUGUGGACCUAACAAAUGUAAAGAAAUGUCCCAUAGAUGAUGACAUUCCACCACCUAGCAAGAAAAGGCUAAAAUCAGAAUCUGUAUUUUGUGGCAGUAAUAGUACUGGAGUUGUGCCUUUCUCUAUUGCUGUGGAAAAUAACCAAAAUGCUCAUGUUGAAGACGGUCCAAAACACGCUGAGACCAAAGUGGAUACGCCAAAACUUCAAUUGGGCAAGUGUUUAUCUUCCAAAUGGACCACUGGAGCUGGUCCACGCAUUAGCUGUAUGAGAGAGUAUCCCACGCAGCUCCAAUUCCAGGCACUUGAACAAGUCAAUCUGUCGCCAAGAGUCAGGCCCAAUGCUCCAAUCCCUUCGCCAAGGCCCAGCCCAAAAAUUCAUCUAUCACCUAGGCUUGCCCACCUUGGACUUCCAAGCCCAAGAGUCCAUGCCUCAGCUCCACACAAGAAUCACUAACCAAUUGCCGAACCAUCAUGCCCGGCAACAAGAUGCAAAUUUUACUGUUUUGCAAUUUUUAU